CUGCAGCUCAGUCUAAUUUGUUCUCCUCUCAGAUUCUCGUCUCAUUUAUCUCUCAGACUCUCAUCUCUGCGUUUCUCAUCUCAUAAUCUCAUCUCACACCACACUCAGGCUCGGGCUCUUCGUUCCUCCCACCACCACGAACUCAUUCAAUUGAUCCAUUCCUCUUUUCUCCUUGAUCCGUCGCUCUCCCUCAUAAAAUUUCCUCAUUCUUCCACAAUUCCACACACGCCGUUCAACCCUAAGUCCCUAAGUCGAGUGGCUUCACUGAUUGGAGCAAAUCCCCUUCAUAGGGUCAUCGCGAGUUCGCCGCAGCUGGACAGUUAUGCACGGUGGUUCCGGUGACGAGAACUUGACCAGGUUCCUGGUCGUCUUCCGCUGACGGCAGGUUGCCAUUUCCGGCGAUUUUAUCGCCUACGCUCAACCCCUUCAUCACCGGUUUUGUGGCCGGACCGAGCCCUAACUGAUCAUCCCAUCUGAACCCUAAUUCGUGACAGAUUUCGGAGGUGCAGCAGUGAAGUAUUUGUCCCCUUUCGAGGCUUAAAAAGCUACCACAUGGAAAACUGGGCCUGAAGUUACAGAAAAAAACUCAAACUGGAUCUCAUCAGCAAAACCAAAAAGUCAAAACUGGCGGCCAUCCCGCCCUGUAGGACGGGUUCUGCGUUUCAACCUGCUCCCAUGUUGUGGAUCAGCCUGGCCAGGCCUGUUUUCGGAGGGCCGGAGGCUGGUCGGACUAAAACGGGUUGGGUUGCCCCGUUUUACUAUCCCUAUGUGCAAACGCACGCUAUAGAGGUGAACAAUAUCAGGAUCGGAGACAAAUAGCUUUGAGAUAUUAGUAGCUGCUGUUCUUGAGCUGUAAUUCCUUCGGUGUUUCUUUUCCUUAGGAUCUGUAGUAACAAUAAUCUUAGAAUUUAUUUGGUUAACACAAGCAGCCCAAUGGACAGCGUAGUUGAUUCUCUGAACAAUGCCUAUCAAGAUUUUGUUUCUGCUGCUGCCAAUGUGUUAGAGGCCAAAGAAAAUGCUGGUUCCGUUAAAACAACAGCUACAGAUACUGCUCUAGAGAACUUUAAGCAGAAGUGGGAAUUGUUUAGAGUAGCAUGUGAUCAAGCUGAGGAGUUUGUGGAGUCUGUGAAGCAAAGAAUAGGAUCCGAGUGUCUGGUGGAUGAGGCAACAAGGCCUGUGGCAGGAAAACCUGGACAAGCUACCAUGACUGGUCUUCCUCCCAUAAGUGCAGUUCGGUUGGAACAAAUGAGUAAAGCAGUUCGAUGGCUUGUCAUUGAAUUGCAGCAUGGUUCUGGAGCUAGUUCUGCUAAUUCAGCUCUUUCCCAUCCCUCAGCUCCAUUCGAUGCGAGGUUUUCUGAAGAUGCUACUCAGUAGCAUUAAUUUGAUGGUUAAUGUUAUAUAUUUCUCUAUACUGAUCUUUCUUAGCUCUUUGUUAAGCUGUUAAAGAAUGUAACUUAUGUGCAUUGUGCAUCUGUGACAACAUUCCUUAGUUUUAUGUUGGUCAUAAUUAAUGUAUUUUAUUUUAACCUACAAA